AUGUCAAUCCCAGAGGAUUUGAUCCCGCAGCUGGGCCCGUCGCCGGAGGGACGGUCGGUGCAUGGCACCAGCGAGCUGCACUUGUUGGUACUAUCCCUCAACCGUCAAGCCAAAAAAGUCCGUGUUAUUCGUGCCCAGAGGAAGUCGGGUGGCAUCUUCAAGGCCCACACCCACCACAACAAGAACCCCGCGCGUCACCGCAACCUCGACUUUGCCGAGAAGAACGGUUACGUCCGUGGUGUCGUUCGCGAGAUCAUCCACGACGCUGGUCGUGGUGCCCCCCUCGCGACCGUCGUCUUCCGUGACCCCUACCGCUACAAGCUCCGCAAGGAGACCUUCAUCGCUGCGGAGGGUGUCUCGACCGGCUCGUUCAUCUACGCCGGCAAGAAGGCUGCCCUCUCGGUCGGCAACAUCCUCCCUCUCUCGGCUUGCCCUGAGGGUACCGUCAUCUUCAACGUUGAGGAGAAGAUCGGUGACCGCGGAGCGCUUGCGCGCACUUCGGGCAACUACGCGACCAUCAUUGGCCACUCUGAGGACGGCAAGACCCGCAUUCGUCUCCCUUCGGGCGCCAAGAAGACCGUUCCUUCGCGUGCUCGCGCGACCGUCGGUGUCGCCGCUGGUGGUGGCCGUGUCGACAAGCCCUUCCUCAAGGCUGGUCGCAAGUACCACGCCAUGCGCGCCAAGCGCAACUCGUGGCCUCGCACUCGUGGUGUGGCGAUGAACCCUGUCGACCACCCCCACGGUGGUGGUAACCACCAGCACAUUGGUCACGCCUCGACCAUGGCUCGCGACGCCAGCGCAGAGUUUAUGCUGAUACCUUACGCCGGUCUCAUUGCUGCCCGCCGUACCGGCAAGAAGCGCGGCACCAUCCAGGUCAAGGAUGCGUAA